AUGCCGCUGCAAGACAGCUUUGAGCACAAGAUCAGGAACCCAGCUCACAGACCGGACCAGGCUCCAUCUCAGGGCUGCUUGCUGGCUCCUAGCGCUCAGUUACUGCCUGCUGGGAUCCUCACACCAUCCCUGUCCUGCCCAUUUACGGCUUUGCAACCUCAGCCAAAGCUAACAGGAGCUCGGUCCUUGUGUCCUGACUUGACUUUAGGUGUGGACACAAAGCCAGGGAGCCUGUUCAUAGCUGUCAGCAGCGACCAGUCAACAGGCAUGGGUGUGUUCAGUCAGUCAAUAACCUCCAGUGUUGUCCACGAGUUUGGACAUAGCAUCUCCGCGUGCCCUAUAGGACAGUCGAUCAGUAGGCAGCAGUGGUUAGAGAAGAACACAGGCCUGACAUCAGUGGAUCUGACUGAGAACGUGUGCGACCCAAACAGGAGUUUAGAUGUGCAAAGGAAACAUGUUUUCAUUGUACCACAUGACUGCUUUUAUACUCAUUUCUUUCUGGAUGCCUACUGUUACAAGGAUUCCUUUGGCAUUCCUAUUACUGCAAUCAGUCUCCCAUUUGACUUAAAUCCAUUGUGUCCCUCUCAUGGUGCUGCCUCAUACUCACUGACAUUUGAAGGCAAAUGGAAACCUAGUGCCUUCCCCAAACAGUACCCAAUGUACAGACCUCCUGCACAGUGGUCACCCCUCAUAGCCGUCACUCACAAUGAUGAAUACCAUCUCUGGCAGUUGGAUUCGCUGGCCAGAGCUGGAGUACAGGAAUACACUGAGAAAGGAACUCACACUAUACUUGCACAGGAGGUGGAAGAAACCAAAAACAAGAUGCACAGCAUCGCUGGAUUCUUCAAGGGACCAGCUAUUCCAAGUGGAAUAGGACAGAGGUUAAUGAAAUUUACAGUCUACCCAACACAUCCACUGCUAUCCUUCAUGGUUCGCAUAGUGCCCAGCCCUGACUGGUUUGUCGGCGGUGAUAGCAUCAUUCUAUGUGAGGCGAAUCACUGGAAGGAGCUUGUCACCCUUGACCUUUACCCUUAUGAUGCUGGGACAGACAGUGGCUUCACGUUUUCUUCGCCUAAUUUUGCAACGGUUCCCCAGGACAAAAUAACACAGGUAAUUAGUUGCAACUUCUGA